AUGUCUAACGAGUACAAUUGCAAUAAUUGUUGUGAAAAAGAUACCGACCGCAUGGUACAGUGCGACUCCUGUGACAGGUGGUUCCACUACGAUUGUGUCGGGGUGAAUAGUAACGUGGCCAACAUAAGUUGGAAUUGUAAAUCUUGCGAAUCCGCGCAGACAAAUCACGUUGAAAAGAGCACUAUCGCUCCCCCGACAUCUAAUGGUGAAAUAUCUACGGUAACGACCGGGCAACCACAAGCAGCAUCGUCGCCAAAUACGGACGUACAGAAUAAUAAUUCUGCAGCAUUCGGUACACAUGGUCAACAACCAAUAGGUUCAAUUACAACAGCAAGCAAUAUCAUCGUAUCAACGGCAACGAUAAUGACUCCUGCCGUUAUCACCUCCAAUGCGCAUCGCGCGAACCCACCAAUGAUAUAUUCAACCGCAAUGUUCCCACCUGCCAAGCAACUCCCGGGUCUAGGACAGCAAGCUAUGCAACAACCUCUACUUCCACCGAUAACUGGCGCUCAAUGUGGGGCGCGACUUGAUGCAACUCAAGGUUACGACAGCGUAGCCCAACAGCACGUACUACAAUUGGAACUCUUGGAAGAAGAGCGAAAAAUAGAGCAAAGGUAUCUACAAAAAAAGUACGAAAUACUAAGCGCAGGCGGUUCGUCUAUCGGAAUCAACCGCACAACUACAGCUCCGACUUCUUCGCAGCUUGCCGCUAGACAAGUAAUUCCAAAGGAUUUGCCUACCUUCAGCGGAAAUCCGGAUGACUGGCCGCUGUUCAUAAGUAACUACGAAAACAGCACGCAAGUAGCGGGGUACACCGACGCCGAAAACCUAAUGCGGCUGCAGAAGUGUCUCAAGGGAAAGGCCUAUGAGACGGUACGCUGCAAAUUAUUGCUCCCCUCUAUGGUCCCGGAAAUAAUUCAGACACUUAAGAUGUGUUUUGGACGUCCAGAGCAUAUACUAGAAUCGUUGGUGGAGAAAGCCAGGGCGAUUCCACCGCUGAAGGAAAAACUGGAAAGUCUUAUCGACUUCGCGUUGUGCGUGCAAAACAUCUGCUCUACGAUGGAAGCCUGCCAUAUGGAGGCGCAUCUGAAUAAUCCAAUGUUGGUGAAGGAAUUCGUUGACAAGCUUCCAAGCCAACACAAGUUAAAUUGGGCAAUGUUACAGCGAGACGAGCGAGUACCAAUUAUUAAAGCGUUUAGUGAUUGGAUUUUCCAAAUAGCCGAAGCAGCAAGUAAGGUGAUCACACCACGUGUAUCCAAAAAGAGUGGCGUAAUUAACGCACACACGCAAGCAACUGGUGUCGAAAAUCAUAACAAAGUUGGGUGUGUUUUAUGCGGGUGCACCGAUCAUAAAAUACAGACGUGUGUAGAAUUUAGUAAACUCACCUUGGAGCGCAAGUGGGAUGUAGUAAAAUCCAAUAAAUUGUGCAGACAAUGCCUUAACAUGCACCGCCGAAAGUGUUAUGCGAACAGGGAGUGUGGAGUCGAUGGUUGCCAAUCAAAGCACCACAAGCUUCUUCAUAAAAACACGCCGAAGAGCGUAUCUACGUAUGCUGAGCAAAAGCAAAAUACCACACCACCUCUAAUAAAUAAUCAACUGGUAAACACUCAUGUAGGUAAUGAUGAAGAUGCACCAUGUUUUCGUAUAAUACCCGUUCGCAUACACUCAAAGGGUAAAUCCAUAAAAACCUUCGCCUUUUUAGACGAGGGAUCAUCCGUGACAUUGAUGGAAAAACACAUUUAUGAUUCCUUGGGCUUGGACGGCGAGCUAGAAUCACUGUGCCUUCGCUGGACCGGCGAAAACACACGGAUCGAAAGCGACUCAAUGCGAACGUCGAUACAGAUUUCAAACGCAUACGAUAAUGCAAAAUACGAAAUAAAUGAAGUGCACACCGUUUCGCGACUGGGCUUGCCUAGCCAGUCUCUUAAUAUGGAGAAAAUUACGAAGAAAUACCCUUAUCUACGCGGGCUUCCGAUCGAGUCAUAUGAAAAUGCCGAGCCGGGUAUUCUAAUAGGAGCCAAUUGUUGGAAACUUGCGGUGCCUAUCAAAACUCGUGAGGGACACUGGCUUGAGCCGAUCGCCACUAAGUGUCGCUUAGGUUGGACCUUGCAGGGAGGUACUACUAACCACUUUGACUCACAACUAUUGAAUAUUCACAUAUGUGACUGCGAAAAGAAAUACGAAAUCCUACACGAAGAGAUCAAGGAGUACUUCAGCCUAGAGAUGCCGCAAAAAAGAGAGCUCAUGUCCCCACAAGACUGUAGAGCGUUGCAAAUUCUAAAUUCAACGUGUGAAAAAAGAGAGGGCCGCUAUGAAGUGGGGUUGUUGUGGAAGCAUGACGACGCAAAGUUACCAGCUAGUUACGACAACGCCCUUAAACGCUUCAGAUGUAUGCAGAAAAAGUUAGCUAAGGACUCCAAUUUGCAACGUGACAUGCAGAAGCAAAUAGACAACUUAAUUAGCAAAGGUUACGCAAGAAGGUUAACUGCAGACGAAGUAAAUAGAUCAUACGACCACGAGUGGUACCUGCCGAUAUUUAUCACACUAAACCCCAACAAACCCGGCAAGUUGCGCCUUGUGUGGGACGCUGCGGCCAAAUCUGAUGGAGCCGCUCUUAACGAUUUCCUUCUGUGCGGGCCAGAUCUACUCAAUUCGCUAGUCUUCGUAUUACUGGCUUUUAGAACUGGGCAGUUUGCUAUUUGUGGAGACAUUGCCGAAAUGUUCCACCAGAUUCGCGUAAGAGAAAUGGACAUGCACGCUCAGAGGUUCUUGUGGCACGAGAACUGUGAGGAGUUACAUAACCCUCACAUCUACGUUAUGCAAGCGCUUACCUUCGGCAUCAGCUGCGCACCAUGCAUUGCUCACUUUGUUCGAGAUGUAAAUGCAGAGCAAUACAAGCAAACAUCACCGCGAGCGGUAGAAGCAAUACAAAAGCAUCAUUACGUCGAUGACUUCAUCGACAGCGUCGAUACCGAAGAAGAAGCACUGGAACUGGCUCUGCAAGUGAAAGCAAUUCACGAUCAAGCUGGAUUCAACAUUCGUAACUGGGCAUCUAACUCAUCAGCUGUUCUGAGGCAACUUCCAGGGGAGUCCGUCGAAGAUCAAACUCCUAAGGACUUAAGCAAUGCAGAAAAAAUAUUAGGUUUGUUUUGGGAUCCAACUAACGAUGUUUUUAAGUUUAUUUGCAGGUUCUCCAAAAUGAGACGAGACAUCUUGCAAUGUAGCUUGGUCCCAACCAAAAGGGAAGUACUCCAGGUGUUGAUGUCCAUCUUCGACCCUCUCGGGUUUGUGGCACAUUACACCAUAGGUCUUAAAAUACUACUGCAGGAUGUAUGGCGAUCGGCCAUUAACUGGGAUGACCCACUCCCAGGUCCGCUUUACAACAAGUGGUGCCAGUGGAAGACGUUGUUGCCAGCAAUAACCUCUAUUACGAUUCCGCGAUGUUAUUCACAACUUCUAAAAGACUCCGAAUGCAACCAAAUCCACACCUUCGUAGAUGCCGGCGAGUAUGCUUACGCGGCAAUUUGCUAUUUGCGAGUGAAAAACAAAAACGAAGUCAACACUAUCAUCGUGGCCGCUAAGUCAAAAGUAGCACCGCUAAAGCCCGUAUCUAUCCCGAGGCUCGAACUACAAGCUGCAGUGACUGGCGUAAGAUUGGCGAACAAUGUGAUGAAGGCACUACAAGUUCCGAUUCAUGCUCGAUUCUGGUGGUCAGACUCAAAGACCGUGCUCAAAUGGCUCCGCAUGGAUCCGAGAAAUUUCAAACAGUAUGUAAUGCAUCGCGUGGGCGAGGUAUUCGAGGCGACCAACGCCACUGACUGGAAUUGGGUUCCCUCAAAACUUAACCCUGCUGACUUGGCAACGAAAUUCAGCCGGCAACAAAGUUCCGAUAUCUGGCUGCACGGGCCGAAAUUCUUAUCUUUCAAUCAAACCGAUUGGCCGAAAUGCGACGACCUCGGACCAGUGGAGCAUACUGAACUCCGACAUUUUACCUUUCAUAUAACCAAAGGCGAAACCACACAACCUUUAAUCGAUGCUGAUAGGUUCUCAAGCUGGCGUCGAUUAUACUUGACGAUGGCGAUGGUAAUAUUGUUCGUAGAAAAACUAAAAUCCAAGAUAAAGAAGGAGCAAAUACCUACCGGCGUAUGUGACAAGAUUAUCCACAGAGCUAAGAGCGCGCUCAUAAAAGAGGCACAGCAGAGUGAAUAUCGGCAAGAAGUUAUCAACCUCAAAUGCGGUAAGAGUAUUGAAAGCGAUAGCAAACUAAUCUCUUUAAAUGUCUAUUUAAGCGACGAAGGUAUACUCAGAUCACGGGGAAGAGCCGAAAGCUUAAGAACUGGCGACUCUAUAAUCUUACCGACAAACAACUCAAUCACAGCUUUAAUAGUUCGACAUUACCACGAACGAAAUCAUCAUCAAUUUCAUGAAGCAGCCUUGAACUCGAUUCGCGAACAAUAUUAUAUUCCACGCCUACGAGUACUUUACCGCAAAAUACGAAGGUCAUGUCAACGCUGCAAGAACGAUGGCGCUAAGCCAAAUACUCAGCAAAUGGCUCCGCUACCAGCUGCACGUUUGGCAAGCUUUGAGCGUCCCUUCACCUAUGUCGGAAUAGAUUUUUUCGGUCCGAUACAUGUCUCGAUUGGAAGGCGCAGAGAGAAAAGGUGGGGAGUAAUCUUUACUUGUUUGAGCGUCCGUGCAGUUCAUCUGGAGGUCGCACAUAGUCUAGACGUCAGUUCUUGUAUAAUGUGCAUUCUGAACUUUGUGGCACGGCGAGGCAAACCACGCGAGAUUUAUACAGACAACGGCACAAACUUUAAAGCUGCGGAAAAGGCCUUGCGCACAAAUGCUAAUGGUAUCGAAAAGCUAAACAUAAAUUGUGAAGACGUCGUUUGGCGAUUCAACCCACCAGGGGCGCCACAUAUGGGCGGGGCCUGGGAGAGAUUAAUCCGCUCCGUUAAAUCCGUCCUGAAUGCUAUUUGCCCUUCGUACAAAUUUACAGACGAAACGCUCAAAAGUGCCUUAUGUGAAGUAGAGCUUACAAUCAAUUCUCGACCACUCACAUUUGUAUCUCUCGACAGCGCAGACGACGAUGCGCUCACACCAAACCACCUGCUCCUCGGAUCUACCGACGGACACAAAUCAGUCUUCAACGAGGCAUCAAACCUACGACAGCAGUGGCACAAGACACAAGACUUCGCUAACAAGUUCUGGCAACGUUGGCUGCAGGAAUAUACUCCAAUCAUUCAACGUAGAGCCAAAUGGUUCAGCAAGCGGGCAUCAGUCGCAAUCGGAGACGUCGUUGUUGUUGUUGAUGAGACUCUGCCGCGAAAUUAUUGGCCGAAGGGUAUCAUCGUUGAUGUCGUAAAAGCAAAAGAUGAACAGGUGCGACGGGUAACUAUAAAAACGCAAAAGGGUCUAAUGCAAAGGCCCGCAACCAAGGUGGCAGUGUUGGAUGUCACCGGCAAUACUUAA